UAGGGGCCAUAAAUAUAAGGGGGGAGUCAAAACAUUCCUAAACAAAAGCGGAUAAACAUUAGUAUUAUUUAGCUCUCUCAAUUUUCAUCUCGUUUUUUGGGACUACAACUCCUAUCCAAGAAAUGGCAUUGAAUCCUAAAUUGUUUCCUCAUGGGAUGCCAAUGCCAUACCUUAACGAAUUGUUUGUCUUCGCCAGCGAUGUCGUUGACUUUGAGAUUGAUAACAUCCCUCGUUUAGGAGAAGUACAAGCAAAAGGAACCAUCUACUUGUCCAAUAUGCGGAUGGUUUUUGUUGCCAACAACCCUAAGGACAACUUCAUUUCUUUUGAUAUUCCCUUGCUUUUUGUUCAUGGUGAAAAAUUUAACCAGCCAAUAUUCUUCUGCAAAAACAUUUCUGGAUAUGUAAAUCCGGUUGUACAAGCGGCUAAUGGAAACACGACCCUUCCUCAUUCGUUUAAGAUUUUGUUCAAUGAAGGUGGUUAUGAGACUUUCAUCCCACUAGUUUUUAAAUUAAUUGGAAAAGUGAGACGACGCUACCGACGUUCAAGGGCAAAGCCUCGUGUAGAUCCUCAUGAAGCAGCACAAACACCAGUUGAUGAGAUGACUAGACAUGCUUAUGUCGACCCGAACGAUCCUACAUUUAUCUACUUGCAGCAGCCUAAGCCAGAGUCUAAAUUCAGGCGUUGUUCAUACCAGUCACAGUCUGCUGAAACAUCUAUAUAGCUUUUGCUUCAGGUUAACUGGAUAAAUGCCAAAUUGUGUGCAAGAUGCGUCUUUUCGUUGAUGCCUUCGGAUCUCGCCAUAAAGAGAAGAAUAGUGAGUUAUUUUGUAUAUAUAUGUUAGUUAUACUCCCUCAAGUUCUUAAUGAAUAUAUACAUAUAUGCUCGUUUCAGGGGUGUAGUUCCUUGCACUAAAUUAAUUGUGUAAUGAACCAUCCUCCCAUAUCACUGGAUUGUUUGGCAGCUAUUUAAACCCUGUUGUUUUGGUUU